AGUAAUAAACAGUGAACAACAACGCUGCCAUUUUUUCGUGCUAAAAUAUUUUCAAAUCUAGAACUUCAUUGUUUUACUAAUGCAUUUUAUACGUGUAAUACAAAAGAAUUCAUUUAUCAAUCAAACUAGAGUCUUCGGUGUUCAAAGUCUCAGAAGCUUUUUUUUCUGCAUUCAAGUAAAUUCAAUUGAACUUGAUUAGUUCGCGUUUAGCACCAGUGCUUAGUGUAGAAGGUUGAGCAGGAAAGAAGGUUGAGCACGAUGGGUUGUGCUCCAUCUAAAGGGAACACGAUAGCAGUGCAGCCCGCAGUCACCCCCAGAGCCCAUCCAGGGGCCGCGACAACUACACCACAUGCGCACCCACCCAUUACCCCUCCUCUAGCAAUACACGCCAGGGGCAAAGGCAGCAACCCACUGGAUGAAAGGCGUCCCCUGCCUGCGAUCGGAGGGGGAGGGGGAGACCACGUAGCCCCCCUUGCCCCCUUGACAACCCGGAAGAGUUCCAACUUGACCACAGUGCCCGAACAAGAUGAAGCCACUCAGCCAAACCGGAUAUUGCCUAAACUAGACGUGAAUGCCAUGGCCUCUGACGCGAAGGAGAGCGAGAGUAGCAAAGACGUGAAACAGACGCAGAGUUCCGUCGCCUUCACUUUCGACUUCGGGGACUCAGCGGAUGUGAAGCCCGUCGGCAGACUGCCCCCACUCAUUAGAGAGAAAACGAUGCGCAAAUCAACAGAUGCGGAUGAUUUGCAGAGUAGCAUUAAGAAGAAGCAGCAGCUAGCAGAUGACAGGCGACAGAAUGAACUGAACUCGAUUGCAGGCAAGAAAAAGCGACGAAAGUUGAAGCUGAAGUCGUCGAAAUUAUCUGAAGAUUCCUCUAGUGACGCCGGAGGACAAAGAAGCGAAGUUGUGCCUCCACUGGACAUUUCCAGAUCGCCAGACAAGAAUGGAAGUCCAUCAAGCGAAGUAGCGGCCCCCAACAACCGAUCGCUCAUUUCAACAAGCACCCCCGUGCGAGUGUUGUCCGAGGAGCAGGGGGAAGGAAGAGAUGAAAUAGAGAGGAGGAAGGGGUCUGCCCAUCAUGACUCCACCUAUGGCAGCGAGGAUGAAAAUGAAAAUCAGUCUCGCGUAGUUGACCCUCUCAGACGGUUCUCUCGCAACAAGAAGACAGCCCAUCAACACCAGGAGAGAGACGCAUUCUACAGUGAUGAAAACGUGAACCCUAUGGAAGCGGCUCAGUUUUUUGACGACGACAGUGAACAGUUUUGACCCCAGAUGAAAAUACUAUAAUAAAACACUAUAUCUUGCAGCUGAUGCAAUUAAAUCUUUUUUAAAUGAAAAA